UUUUUAUACGCUCAAAUUUCGAAUAAACUUUUUUAUCAGUUUUCUAUAUCAGUAAGAGGAAAUGUGCAAACCAAACAAAAAUUGUUUGUCCAGAACAAACAACCGUAUGCAUUGAUAAAACCGUACAACAAUUAAAAACCACGUGCGUGGCUUCGUUUCGGCUGAUGCAAAAAUUGUUCGGUGUUACCGUUCUCCACACUCUGCAUCGAUUUCAUUCACGCCGAACGCGAAGCAGUCUACGUUCAAAGCGCGGCAUUCGGGCUUCGGUCAUUCCUGCAGCGACUGCGAACCGUACGAUGAGUUAUUUCAAUAUUUAAUUUUGGUGUUUUGUGUGUUUGGUUGAUUAUUUCGGGACGCCAUGGACGAACUGUCGAAAUUUUUGGGUGAUGAGAAUAUGAAACUCCACCUAGCCAAACCAAGUUGGUCGUCCAUAAGGCAAUCGUUGACUAGAAGGAAGACUGUAAAUUAUGAUGAAGACAGCAGACUGUCCAGGGUGUUAUCGACCCUGGAUCUGACUCUUUUGGGCGUCGGCAGCACAUUGGGUGUUGGAGUUUACGUACUGGCUGGCGAUGUGGCCAAAAACACUGCCGGCCCAGCUGUGACAAUUUCGUUUUUCAUUGCCGCCGUAGCUUCAGUAUUAGCAGGCUUGUGUUAUGCCGAAUUCGGCGCCAGAGUUCCUAAAGCGGGAUCCGCGUACGUUUACAGUUACGUGUGCAUCGGGGAAUUCUUCGCAUUUAUUAUAGGAUGGAAUCUAGUGUUAGAAUAUCUGAUAGGGUCGGCGACAGUAACCAAAGCAAUAUUCCUUUACAUAGACAAACUCGCAAACAACACGAUGAUGAAUUACUUUAAAGAAACGAUGCCGAUGGCUGGCGAUCAGAUCUCCUCUUACUGUGAUAUUUUUUCAUUGGGUCUGUCGCUGGUUUUCUCCGUCGCCCUUGCAUUCGGUGCUAAAGAAUCGUCUUGGCUAAACAACAUCUUCACCUUGGUCAAUAUCACGGUCGUCUUAAUUGUCAUCAUAUCCGGAUUUUGGAAAGUUAAUUCCAAAAAUUGGAGCGUUCCAAAGGAAGAAGUUGUGGGUGAUUAUGGAAACGGAGGAUUCGCCCCUUAUGGAGUGGAAGGCAUUAUUAAAGGUGCAGCAAGAUGCUUCUUCGGUUUUAUCGGAUUCGACUGCAUUGCAACUGCAGGCGAGGAAGCUAAAAACCCCAAAAAAUCCAUUCCUAUUGGUGUGGUUCUAUCGCUACUGAUAGUUUUCCUGGCUUACUUCGGUAUGUCCACGGUAUUAACAAUGAUGUUACCUUACUAUGAACAGGAUGAAAACGCUCCUUUGCCGCAUGUCUACGACCAACUGGGUUGGACAGCAAUUAAAUAUAUUGUCAGUGUGGGCGCCAUGUGUGGAUUAUUUUCAAGUUUACUAGGGGCAAUGUUUCCUUUGCCAAGGAUUAUUUAUGCUAUGGCCGCUGACGGAUUACUCUUCAAAAAACUGUCCAGCAUCCACCCCAAGUUCAAGACUCCCUUUAUGGGCACUCUAAUUGCAGGAGCUUGUACAGGCGUUUUGGCUUGUCUUUUAGACUUGGACAAGCUGGUGGAGAUGAUGUCUAUUGGAACGCUUCUGGCUUAUUCUAUGGUGGCUGCCUGCGUCUUGGUGCUCAGAUACGAGUCUGACGACGACAAGGAUGAAAAAGUGCAAAAAACGGCCAGUAACUAUGUUAAACAGCUCUUCAAUUCCGAAACCAAAUUGGCCAAUUCGUUAACAUCUUCACUAGUUUCUUGGAUUGUCUUUGUUUAUUUUGCUGUAUCAUUCUUGAUGUCGGGCAUGUUAACAUUGUUCGAUAAGGAAUUAUAUAGGGGCGAAUGGUGGAUCAUUUUGGCAGGAGUCGGUUUUUUCAUCGUGCUUAUGGGUAUGUUGUGGUUGAUCUCUCGUCAACCUACUUCUGGUGUACAUUUAUCAUUUAAGGUGCCACUGGUGCCUUGGAUUCCUGGAAUAAGCAUAUUGGUCAAUGUAUAUUUAAUGACGAAUAUUAAAGCAGAUACGUGGGUUAAAUAUACAAUUUGGAUGGUUAUAGGUUUGGUCAUAUACUUUACUUACGGCAUAUGGAGUAGCAAAGAAGGAAAGCCGAAAAGUUCCGAAAUUGAUGAUGAAAGCUCAAUUGACACCAAAUAAUUUUUUUUACUUAUUUAAACUACAGUAUUUUUUAUUUAUUUCUUAUUAUAUGUAAAUAUUACGUUUAUUUGUAAUAAACAGGUUUUAUCAAA